AUGACCACAUCCCAAGACCUCGAAGCCCCCAACCUCUUCAAAGUCGCCGGCUACGUCGCCGUCGUGACAGGCGGCGGAAGCGGGAUCGGCCUCAUGGCCGCACAGACACUAGCAGCGAACGGAGCACGGGUAUACAUCAUCGGACGAAGAGAAGAGGCUCUCCAAACUGUUGCAGAGAAGUAUUCGUCGAAAGGGGAGAUUAUACCUCUCCCCGGAGACAUCUCCCAUACAGACGGUAUACAAGGCCUAGCAGCAUCACUCGCCAACCUCGAAGAUAAAGGGAUAAACAUCUUAAUCAACAACGCGGGUGUCUCCCCGGAGCCAACUGCAAAAGCCAAAUUAUCAACACUAGACUUUACAGACUCAGACGCAGUCUCAAGAUGGAUGACCAACGAUGGGCCUGAGGCCUGGCGGAUCGCAUACGCGGGAAACGUCGCCGCGCACCAGUUCCUUACGGCCGCAUUGUUGCCUUUACUCGAUAAAGGGGCGAAAGCGGCGCCGGGACAUACAAGUGUCGUGGUGAAUGUGGCGAGUGUGGCUGGGUUGACUAAAACGCAUUCACAGGGUCAGUUUGCGUAUUCGUCGAGUAAGGCUGCGUUGUUGCAUUUGACGAGGGAGUGGGCGCAUGCGUUUAUGGGUUUGAGCAUUCGGGUGAAUUGUAUUGCGCCGGGAUUGUUUCCGUCGGAGAUGAGUACGGGCUGGUCGGAUGAGAAUCAGAAGUCGUGGUUGGGGGAUGCGGGGAAGAAGUUUCCUGCUGGGCGUGUAGGACGAGAAUCGGAUAUUGGCAGCGUUGUGCUGUAUCUCUGCAGUCGCGCUGGAACUUAUGUCAAUGGUCAGGUAAUUCAUGUCGAUGGAGGGCUGCUUUUGAAAUCCCCUGCCACCAUGUAGUCGUGGCUCCUACUUGGAUAUCGUUGUUGCUAUUUAUGAGCUUGCAGGUAGCCAGGAUGAGAGAUUCUGCAGCUAGAAAAUCUUGCGAACGUAUUUUAUUUUCAUGAAUGGUAUCAACACGGCCAGAAAUACGGACAUACAAUUACCAGGCAAGCGCGCCCUCCUGUAUGCUCCUUCCAAUAUCCCAGUAGCCCUCUCUAAGGGUCCGAGGAUCUCAAACUUGCCAGAGGUAAAAGGAAAACAUCUAUCAGAUCACAGGAAAUAAUCGGGGGUACGUCUCGAGACCAUGGGUUCUCCAGCCCGU